CACAUAUUUGGAUUAGUCACCUAAAAACGCAACACCGGCUUUAUAGAAGCAUAAAUAAGCAGGUCAAGUAGUUCAUGGAUUGAAUAACGUUGAACACUGCCCUGGUGACCCAGGGUAGUCUCCGUUGUGUCUCUACCGAUAGUCGUAUAGACGUCCCGAUUUGAGACGGUUUUCGCGACCAAGCGCGAACUUGUGAUUGUUGUUGUGCCGGUAUCGUCCCGCUGAGGUUCACUGCAAACGAUAAAACCGGUAUCCUAUUAAGUCGUCUCAACUCGGGGUGUUACCAGCAGUGAAAGAAGAAUGGUGAACACGAUUGAGAAAAAACAUUCGGGGUUCCCUACCGCUUUCCAGCUCCCGUCUCGACUGAAGACAAGACGUGGGCUGCUCUUCUGUCAUGACCCGCGUAUACUGCUUUUCUCAGUUGCUUUAUGUCUGACGGCUCUUGUGCCAUUCGUUACUUUCGAGUGUUCUACACGUCGGAUGUGUACAACCUUGGUUGAUUCCGUUCUCGGUCUUGAGACGAAUACUGAUUGGAGUGGUACGUACAGUUGGACAGACACACGAGAGGGUACAACAGUCGGAGGGGACGGCGGUGCUGCUGAAGCAGACAGCAGUGCUUCAGAACUAGACCGCGGUGCUACAAUUGAGUCAUCUUCCGUCGAAUCAUCUCAAGAACUAAGCACAAAUUCGAGCGUCACCGCGCGUACUUCAAGGAUCCAACGCUCCGGACGGGCAGGUCCAAUAGUGGCCUUCACAAUCCUUGCAAGCGUUAUACUUUCUAUCGUCCUCGUCGCCAUCUUUCUCAGCUGGGGCAGAAAGUCGCGUAAAGCAACUACGCCAGCUCCAACCGACUCAGCCGUGCAAUUGUCUCUCCGGGGUAGAGCGCAUGCGGAGUGCCACGCGUGAUGAUGGACGGCUGAAAACACAGAGGCUGGAUAUUGGGCAGACAACACGCCCCAUUCACACUCAUGAGGGCUCGCACCUCAUGUGUGCUGUUCCCAUCGUAAUGGAUCCGUUCUGUCCAGACCACAGGCUCUCGGAAUGAAGAAAGCAAUCAAACUGCUCGUGAGUCCUCUUUCUGCAGUGGCCAGCGUAUCGUAUCUCAGCAGAGGUUUGGACGAUCUAAGGGGCCACUAACUGAUUCAGCCACUGUGCAUGCCAUAGGGAGAUAUUUAGCUGCCUGCCACUUUCCGUCAGCUGUUUAUGUCUCACAGAGAGCUGGUUCGAGACAGAACGACUACCAUGUAGAAGUGGAUUGGGAAACUAGAGGGGUGCGACUAUGUCCACACUGUUGUGCCUCGACGAUGUUUUGAAGCGGUGCUUCCUGUUUGAGGAACGGUGUGAUUCAUGCACUCUCGGGGCAUGCACCGGCAGCUUGCUGUGUGCUUUUCUUGUGCUGCUCUUACGGAUUUGUCUCUAACGCGUCGGUGAGAUUCGUGCGGUUCGCUCGUGGGGACUGGGUUUCCGACAACAGAACCGCUUUUUGCACAGUCUUUGUCACCUGCGGAGGUCUCGUCUCCCUUUUUUAUGCCCAGAUAUCCGACCGCUCAGGGAAUGAAGAAUG